AUGCUGAAAGAAAAAGAGAAAAAAAGAAGGAAAAACAAACAUGGCAAUCCAUUUUUUAUGUUCCAAAAUGGGCAACUUCGUCAAGUUCCUUCCGACAGCUGCUUUACCGACAGUUACAGAGACGGCCACGGUAAAACUCGUUACGGGAUAGCAACAUUCAAGGGUCUUUGGCCGCCACCGCUGCCGUCGGAAUCGGUGAACUCGUCGAGCUAUAAACUCCGGUUUAGCGACUUCGUUCACGCUUUCUUUUCGUCUAUCGUCUUCACGGUUUUAGUCCUUUUAGAACCCAGUACCGUGAAGUGUUUUUAUCCAUCUUUGUCGACGAGUUCCAAUGCUUUAAUCUGCCUAACUGUAUUGCCUCUGGUUACACUCAUAGUUUCAAUGGCCUUCAUGUGUUUCCCUAACAAACGCCAUGGCCUAGGGUACCCUUCCAUUGAACAUUCUUCAAAUAAGACCAAUUUGCUUCUUCCUGGUUAAUUUGUAGAUUGAGAUUGAGUAAUUUCUACAUAUGGUCAACAACCUUUUUAUUUA